CCGGCAGCUCCGCGCGAUCUCUCCAAGUCCCGUCUUCGAUCGCCUCUGGUAUCUCCUCGCCUCGUCUCUGGAUAUCGACCAGAGCUUUCUGGAUGCGUCGUUAGGUGCUCAAGUGUUUGAUCCGGUGAAGGCGCAAGUCAUCCAUCAUGGCUCGUGAGGAGCUUGUCUCCUCAGCUGUUACCUUUCUUCAGGAUCCAUCUGUGGCGUCAUCACCUCUUGAGAAGCGGAUCGCAUUUUUGCAGUCAAAGAACUUGACUCAAGAGGAGAUUGACUUGGCCUUGGCCCGAGCUGGCGAAGACACCGCUUCUGCUGUUGCCCCAGCAUCCACCUCUCAAGGAUAUGCUCCUUCACAAGCUGUCUAUCGACCUCCGCCUCAAGGAUAUGGCUAUCCUCCGUAUGGUCAGUGGCAGCCUCCGCCACCGGAAGUUCCCAGGAGAGACUGGCGUGACUGGUUUAUAAUGGCGACAGUGAUGGGUGGCGUGGGCUAUGGGCUGUACUUCGUUGCGAAGCGUUAUAUUGCUCCUCUCAUUGCGCCUCCGCCACCACCGCAGCUUCAGCAGGACAAAGAGAGUAUUGACGAACAGUUUUCGCGAGCAUUUGCUCUUAUUGAGCAACUGUCUACGGAUACCGCCAGUCUGAAAUCCGCAGAAGAAGUACGCACAGAGCGACUGGAUGCAGCCCUUCGGGAGGUUGAAAGUGUGGUCUCAGAAUUGAAGACGUCGACUCGUAGAAGGGAUGAGGAGACACGCCGGAUCAGUGACGAAGUCAGAUCUCUGAAAGAUGCCAUUCCUAAGGCGCUCGAGGGGGCCAGGGAAGGAAAUGAGAGUCGACUCAGAGAGCUUGGGACAGAACUUAGAAGUCUGAAGGUUCUUGUAGGAAACAGACUCAGUGCCGGUGCCGGUAGUGGAUCAGCCGCCCCUCUCUCCGGACGCACGGUAGGAUCAACUCUCCCAAGCGUAUCUCUCCCAGCAGUGUCCCUCACAGAGCAGUCAACUGGUUCUUCCACGGCCACGAACGGUGUCGCUCCAGGGCCCCAGGAUUCUGCUUCAAGUUCGUUGCCAGCUGCGGUCAGUCCAGCGCCCCGUGAAAACUCCAGCAGCCCUCUUUCCCAGCUUGGUCGAUCGGCUUCGAUUCCUGCCUGGCAGAUGGCUGCUGCCAACAAGUCGAAAAGUGUUCCCCAGUCGUCUCCUAAUGCUGCUGGGGCAGACUCUAGCAAUGCAAGCAGCCAACAGCAGAGUGCGCCUCCCAGCUGAAGGUAAACAUUAUAUGUCAUUUGAAGCACGAGUUGGGCCUUCUUACGCAGUUUCGUUUUUCCGCUAUAAAAGAUACAUGGGACCGAGGAUUUUGUCUAUUCGUCGAUGCUGCGCAUAUUUGCGUAGCUGUCCUUACUUGCUUUGAUGUGCAGCGGCUGUUCAAUGAUAUUGUAUGUAUGAGUACCUGGUACCUAGGUUUAUUUCAAUCUGUUACGACACGUCAAGAAAUCAUCUGUUACUCUCCAUUCCAGUAAGAGCUUCAAGUAAGGAAUGUCAUAGCUUAUGUAGAUUCAUGAACAA